UUUCACUCUCAUCUCUCUCUCACAUACACACACUCCCGCCAUUAAAUGCUAUCUCACCCUCUCUAUACGCACUGCAAUUACUCCCCUUUGGCUGACCUAUCUUCUCCACAUCUCUAAUCUGUAUCCCAUUACAUCUUCAAAACCACUUUCUCUCUCUAAAACCCUCUUUUGACUUUACAAAUCCUCGUCCGUUUUCUUUCUCUCUCAUUCCCUCUUAAAUUCCCUUCACAAGAAAGCUAUAAGCCUCAAAAACUCAUCUUUUUUCCUUUUUAUUUCUUAUCAAAAUUUGCUCAUCUCUCUCUCUCUCUCUAUAAGUUUUGUGUUUUUAUCUUGAAGAAUGCAACAUCUAUAUCGUCUCCAACAUGGGCUAACCCUACUUUCUUGAAAGGAGAAUACUAGGGUUUUAUAUAAGAGCUUCAACCAGUCCUGGCUGAUUUUCUGCAACACUUGUACAUAUCCACGUAGAAAAUGUUUCAUCCGAACAUUUUCGACAGCCACCACCACCUUCUCGACAUGGCCCACAACAAGGACCAGGAAAACGAGACGGACCUCAUCAGAGAUGACGAGCUUUAUGGGCCGGAGGCCCAAUCCGGCGACGACCAAGAUCCGGCCCAAAUAAGGCCCAACAAAAAGAAACGGUACCACCGCCACACACAACACCAAAUCCAAGAAAUGGAAUCGUUUUUUAAGGAAUGCCCUCACCCGGACGACAAGCAAAGGAAGGAUCUCGGUCGACGGUUAGGUUUAGAGCCAUUGCAAGUCAAGUUUUGGUUUCAAAACAAGAGGACCCAAAUGAAGAACGACAAGUUGAGAGCCGAGAAUGUACGUUACAAAGAGGCCCUAAGUUGUGCCACUUGUCCGAAUUGUGGGGGCCCGGCUGCCAUUGGCGAGAUGUCGUUUGACGAGCAACACUUGAGGAUCGAGAACGUUCGCUUAAGAGAGGAAAUUGGUAGGAUUUCGGGUAUGGCUGCGAAAUACGUGGGGAAAUCGAUGCAAUUGUAUCCGCACCUCUCACCCGGCUCAUCAUCUCGUUCGCUUGAUAUUGGAGUUGAGAAUAAUUUUGGGCCGCAAUCUGGCAUGACGGGCGAGAUUGGUGUCGUUGAUCUUCUAAGGUCGGUAUCAGGCCCAAGUGAAGCCGAAAAGCCCGUGAUAAUCGAGCUGGCUGUUGCGGCUAUGGAGGAGCUAAUCCGGAUGGCCCAAAGUGGAGAGCCUCUUUGGAUCCCGACCAUCGAUCAUAAUUCUCUCGAGGCAUUGAACGAGGAGGAGUACGUAAGGGUUUUUCCGAGAGGGAUCGGGCCUAAGCCUUUAGGGUUUAAGUCCGAGGCCUCUCGCGAGUCGGCUAUCGUGAUAAUGAAUCACAUGAACUUGGUGGAGAUAUUCAUGGAUGUGAAUCGAUGGUCGAGCAUGUUUUCGUGUAUCGUUUCUAGAGCGACGACUUUGGAGGUUUUGUCAACCGGCAUGGCGGGUAACUAUGAUGGAGCUCUACAAGUGAUGAACGCCGAGUUCCAAGUCCCUUCUCCAUUGGUCCCGACUCGCGAGAACUACUUUGUGAGGUAUUGCAAACAACAUGGGGAUGGGACUACUUGGGCAGUUGUCGAUGUUUCGUUAGACAACAUUCGUCCCAACUCGAUCUCGAGGUGCAGGAAAAGGCCCUCGGGCUGCCUCAUUCAAGAAUUGCCCGAUGGCUACUCAAAAGUCACUUGGGUCGAACAUGUGGAGGUGGACGAUAGAGCGGUCCACAACAUCUACAAGCCGCUCAUCAGCUCGGGUACCGCAUUUGGGGCGAGACGUUGGGUGGCUACACUCGACCGACAAUGUGAGCGCUUGGCGAGAAGUGGGCCCGACGAUGUUCGGGUCAUGACCCGGAAAAGCAUGGACGACCCGGGCAGGCCUCCGGGAAUCGUGCUAAGUGCCGCAACUUCCUUCUGGCUCCCGGUGCCCCCCAAAAGGGUGUUCGAUUUCUUGCGCGACGAAAACUCGAGGAGCGAGAGCGCGAACUCGAGCCAGAGCAACAUGUUGAUACUCCAAGAGAGCUGUGUGGACCCCACGGGCUCGUACGUGAUCUAUGCCCCAGUCGACAUCAUUGCCAUGAACGCAGUCCUUAGCGGUGGGGACCCAGACUAUGUGGCCCUCCUUCCAUCGGGCUUCGCCAUACUGCCCGAUGGGCCAGGUGGCGGGCCGAGCACGGGCUCUGAAGUCGGGUCUGGUGGGUCCCUGUUGACUGUCGCAUUCCAGAUAUUGGUCGACUCAGUCCCAACUGCCAAGCUCUCUCUGGGUUCGGUGGCUACGGUCAAUAGCCUCAUAAAGUGCACGGUUGAGAGGAUUAAGGGCGCCGUUUUGUGCGAAGCCUCGUGAAAUGACUGAAAGGGGCAUCGUGUUCGGGUAAUGUAAUUGGGGUUUCGGAAAUGAAUUGUUGUUUUUUGUUGUGGUCGUGAUCCUUGCCGUGUGGUGAAUGAAUCAGAGAAGGGUAAAUCUGGACUUUCACCAGCCUGCAAGGGUUUACCUUUUUUUUACGGUUCGUAUAUUACUAUUGACUCGGCCGUCCAUUUCAUUUUAAUAUCAAAGCAAACGAAAGACUUUGAAUUAGUGAUUUGUAAUUUGUAUGAGACAUUGAGUACUUCGACAUGUAUUUGGUUUUGUUUUAGCGUCCAAUGAUGGGCUGUGAUUAGUUUAAUUACAUUUUCUUUGGCAUUGCAUUAGGUCUCUGGAUUUUGGGGAUAUGCUAUAUAUGUAUUGGUGUGGUUCAUAUGAGCUGUUUUCUUACAAGUGAGUUGUUUUUGUUCAUAUGUAUCUG